GCCUGGGCAAUGGUUUCAAACUGGUUUUAGUUGAAGGACUGGCUGAAGACGCAGCUUCCUGCACACAGAGUCCCACGAAGUGAAGCUUCAACCAUUCAGUGCAAACGUUCAUUUCCUGUAGUGCUGACUCAGGAAGGAAAACAAGACAGCAUGCAAACUGAGAAAAAGGAUCCGCCGUCUGCUGGGAGGGAGCUGGGAGGCUGCUAAAUCCUUAUUAUUCAGGCUAACAGAGUGAGACAGGGAUUAGCUACACAGCUCAGGCUUACACAAGGGAGAGGAGGGUGAGGAAAGCAAGGCGAAAGCAGGGCUAAGGGGUGUGCGCUUGUUGUCGAAGAGAAAUUCGACUACCAGGAAGUGAACAGGAAGGAGGGUUAAAAAACACAGGUGCAGCGAGCACCUUGAAAAGUGGACUAACCAGAACCUGAUUGAAAUUCUACGUUAUCUUAAGCGGGGUAGAUUAUGAAAAGGACAGAGCAAUACACUCGAUAGACAAUUUAAAAUAUAUACAUUGAUCUGGUGCAGGAUAAGGGUUGGUAGAGUCUGCAGCUUUCCAUUAGCCGACUGACAAGUUGCGACAACAAUAAAGCAGGUGGUUUUGGGUAGAGGGUUUUGGGUAUGGCUCAAGCCCCAGAAGAUUCCACCAAUCUGCCCUUCGAUGGGACGUGCGAUGCCUGCGAACCCGACGAGGCCAAAGAUACAAUCGAAAUCUGCGAUAACUGCGGUUUCUCGUACUGCGCAUUCCAUUCGAUAGAACACAAAGAUAGAUUUGCACAACACAGGGUUAGGGAUCCCUCGCAGCCUCCCCCACCAGCAGAUCCGUCCACGUCCACCGAGGAGCCAGGUGAUGAUAAAAAAAAAUGCGCCGUACAUAACCAAGAGCUGACGCUCUACUGCAGGGAAGACGAGAAAAUUAUAUGCGUGCUGUGCGCAGUCGCUGGAGAUCACCGACAGCACGAACUCAUCACACUCAAUGAAGCCUAUCAAGAAAUGAAAAAUAGAAAGCCCGUUGACCUGAAGCUUGCUAUGGGUGAAAUGGUCGAGAAGUUGAAGGGGAAGUGUGCUGACCCCAGAGUAUCCCGCAGCGAAAUGAAGUGCUUCAUACAAAAGGAGUUUGAUCACAUGCGGCAACUAGUACAAGAUGAAGAGAAAAGGGCCCUACACUUUGUAGAUCUCCAGGAAGCUGUAGCCUCGGCUCAUGUAACAGAAGUUCUUGCCGAACUUAAUGUCCAUAUGGGCAAACUGAUGAUAGAGAUGUCCGAGAUCACCCGGCAGCUAAAUAGUUUCAACCAGAUGGUGAACGAGAAAUCGGAGGAUCCCGAAGAAGAAUCCAGGGAGAAUGAAGGUAUGCCAGCCAAGCCAGCAGAUGAAGGAAGCCCCAGUUCUCGAUUUUCUAGCCUCCCACCGGGAAAUGGACCGUGGUAAUGGAAGUAACUCCAGUGUGGGUAACAUCAUGCAGUUGGCAGCAGAUUCUAGCUCAUUAGUAAAUCGUCUGCACUCUUCCACGUCCUCCUACCCCCGAGAUGAGAAGGGAUGGAAGAAGAAAGAUUUCUAGGACUGUAAAAUACCUCCUUCUUACCUUCGAAACCACUCCAGUUGGCUUAUAGAACCAUUGAUACAGAUGCAGACACAAUUUCACUAUACCAUGCUGGACUGAAUUGGCAUUGUCCAGAGGAGCUUGACGUCUUCUGAAGAACAAUGAUGUGCCAUUCAGUGAAGUUAGAUUGCUGGCGACUCUCAAAAGGAAAACCACCAGUGAUGUGGCCAUAAUUAUGCAGAAUCCACCAGAAUUCUAUUUAUUCCUAUGCUGUAUCCAAUACCAUCCAAAGAUAUUUGAGUAUGACCAGGAAGAUAAAAUGUAAGAAUCCAGAGAUUUACUUUGUGGGAAAACACAUUUUAAAUUCAGUUUUGAACACUGUGAUAUUUUAUUCUCACUAUAACGAUAAUCAUUAUGUUUAAAAAAAAAAAAAGUGGCGUUUGGACAGUGGUUUAAAAAGUAUAGGGGAUGCACAAUGGUUGCGCACUGUAGGGUUUCACUGGCCUGUAUAGCAAUGUUGAAUAGAUGAACAGGUUGCACCUAAUAAAAUUAGAGAACUUUUAAAAAAAGUACUUGAGCAGGAAAUUAGAUCAAGAUUUAUUUUAUUUAAAAAUAAAAAAUAUUUUUACAAAAUGUAAAAAAAAAUGUGGACUAGACAUUUUGGAUGGGCUGAUAGUGUUUUAUGUCUUUUCGUGCUUUGAGUGAAAAAACAUGAAUAAAAAUACUAUUUCUAGUGUA